AAGAACUGUAACACUGACUGCGAGGGUCUGUGGCUUCCUUCUUGAAGUCGGCGAGACCAAGAACCCACCAAUUCCGAACACACUAGGAAAGUGACUGUCACAUGAAUUUCCAAACUCUGACAUGGCUCCUGAAAAUUUCACCAGCGUCACUGAGUUUGUUCUCACGGGUGUCUCUGGCUGUCCAGAGCUCCAGAUUCCCCUCUUCCUGGUCUUCCUGGUGCUCUAUGUGCUGACCGUGGCAGGGAACCUGGGCAUCAUCACCCUCACCAGUGUUGACUCUCGACUUCAAACCCCCAUGUACUUUUUCCUGCGACAGCUGGCUAUCAUCAAUCUUGGUAACUCUACUGUCAUUGCCCCUAAAAUGCUGAUUAACUUUUUAGUAAAGAAGAAAACUACCUCGUUCUAUGAAUGUGCCACCCAGCUGGGAGGGUUCCUGUUCUUUAUUGUGUCGGAGGUAAUGAUGCUGGCUGUGAUGGCCUAUGACCGCUAUGUGGCCAUUUGUAACCCUCUGCUCUACAUGGUGCUGGUGUCUCGGCGGCUCUGCCUCCUGCUGGUCUCCCUCACAUACCUCUAUGGCUUUUCUACAGCUAUUGUGGUUUCACCUUGUAUAUUCUCUAUGUCUUAUUGCUCUUCUAAUAUAAUCAAUCAUUUUUAUUGUGAUAUUGCACCUCUGUUAGCAUUAUCUUGCUCUGAUACUUACUUACCAGAAACAAUAGUCUUCAUAUCUGCAGCAACAAAUUUGGUUUUUUCCAUGAUUACAGUUCUAGUAUCUUAUUUCAAUAUUGUUUUGUCCAUUCUAAGGAUACGUUCAUCAGAAGGAAGGAAAAAAGCCUUUUCCAGCUGUGCUUCACAUAUGAUGGCAGUCACAGUUUUCUAUGGGACAAUGCUGUUCAUGUAUCUGCAGCCCCAAACCAACCACUCACUGGAUACUGAUAAGACGGCCUCUGUGUUUUACACAUUGGUGAUUCCUAUGCUGAAUCCCUUGAUCUACAGCCUAAGGAAUAAUGAUGUAAAAGUCGCCUUAAAGAAAUUCAUGGAAAAUCCAUGCUAAUCUUUUAAAUCAAUGUAAUUUUAGAACUAUAUACAUAAAUGAAGAGAUAGUUCAUGUAACCUGCCAUUACGUGAGAGAAAUAAAACUUUAGGUGCCUGACUUACAAGUUUACAAGCAACCCUAAGAAUUACCAAGAGGUAGGAUUUAAAGAUUUUUGAAUUUAAAAAGUAAAAUACAUGGAAACAUUUUGAAUUGUGAGAGAAAUACAAAGCAAAAAUAUUAUUCAUUAACUUUGCCCAGAAAUAAUCAGGUAAUCAGUCUGAAUAAAAUAUAUUCAGGAGUAAGGCGCAGUAUCAGUUUUAAAAGGUGAAGUUUGAACAGAGCAACAGAAUGUGAACAAGGGAAUUAAAGUGAAUAUUUUUCAUUCUGUGGACUCUUUUUUUUUUUUUUUCCAGGUAUGGUUGGGUAGCGUGGAUCCCUGCAUCUUGAAAAACUGUGAAUACAGACGACUAAAAUCCUUUUUACAACAAAGUUAGCAAACUUGAACUGACAAUAAUAUUUAAAAUAAAGCUCUUUAACUCUUUUUAAAUAUUGUUUGAAGAAACAAUAUAGACAUACUACCAAUUAAUACAUGUUUUCAA